AUGUCGGAAGCAGGCUACCCUAUGGCCAAAUAUCGCGGGCCCAGCAAGGCAAAGCGUUCAAACUUUCGAGAGGUGACACCCCUGGCAAGGAUAAUCCUCGUCGCCGGCUUCGAGGCCUUCAAUCUCCAACUCUACAAACAAGUGGCCAAUGAGCUGAGUGAGGUGUGUCCCGAGCUUGAGCUGGUUGUUUUUACGGACAGAGAUAUCGCGGAAAACUCACCUAGAGUCGCCGCCGCCCUGGAGACGGCGGAUGCUUUUUUCGCCAGCCUGGUGUUCGACUACGACAACGAUGAUUCACGAGAACCGCCAGUCUUUCGGUGUGCUUCUACCCCUCAAGUUGUCGAGCCUACAGAUGCUUCAGAAACAUCUUUUUUCACAGUAUUUUUUCCCGUCGGUCUGAACUUACCCCUCCUUCAGGUGAAGUUCCUGAAAGACAGGAUAGACCGCAUUCCCAUCCGGUUGGUGUUUGAAUCGGCCCUCGAGCUCAUGUCCAGCACCAGUAUCGGCGAGUUCUCCAUGGCGCAGUCUGGGAAAGGCCCCGGAGGCCCCCCCGCACCGGUGAAGGCCCUGCUCUCGAAGUUCGGUAGCGGGAAGGAGGAAGACAGGCUGGCGGGCUACCUGAAACUCCUCAAAGUUGGGCCGAGUCUCCUCAAGUUCGUGCCGGGCAAGAAGGCAAAGGACCUCCGCUCGUGGCUCGAGAUCUACUCGUACUGGAACCAGGGCGGGAUCGAGAACGUUCUGAGCAUGUUCCUGACCCUGGGUGACCGUUACCUCCUCCCGCCGGGAACCGCUCCCGCCCCUGGAGAACUCAAGGAAACGCCUGUUCUGGGACUCUUCCACCCUUCCGCGGGACGGUAUUUCUCCAACCCCAGGGAGUACAUUGAGUGGUACGAGGGGGAGCAAGAGAGGGUGGCUGCUGCCGCUAAGGCGGCGGCGUCGGCGGGGGUGGUCAUGAGGGGUCACAAGGUCGCACCCACGGGGUCUCCGCGCGUGGCGGUGUUGCUUUACCGGAAGCACGUCAUCACCAAGCAGGGGUACAUCUUCCAGAUGAUAAGGAUCAUGGAAAAGGGCGGCGUGAUACCGGUGCCGAUCUUCAUUAACGGGGUGGAAGCUCACACGGUGGUGCGAGACCUUUUGACCUCUUCCGAAGAGCAGCGGCAACGAGCACAAGGCGUUCUCGACAUCGACAGCCUCUCUCCCGACUGUGUAGAGGUGUGUGUGUGCGCGACGCUCAGGCGCUUCCCGCGCGGAUACGCGGUGGAACCGGGGGGGGGGGGAGGGGCG